GAAGAAGAAGAAGAAGAAGAAGGUUGAGAAUCACGGAUACGUCAUAAACAAGCAACAUGGCCGACUAUCGCGAAUAUUGACAUUGGUACGACGCAUGCUAUUAUUUACAAACUAAACGAAAGAGGCUGGUUACAGGUCGAUGAUGCUGUAACAUUGCUCGUACCUUGUCAGUCGCGCGAUGGCACAAGCGAAGCUCAACGUGCCGGAGAAAUCCGGUGGCACUAUUAAGGAGAAGGAUAAAGAUACUGAAGAAAAAGAAGGUCUCACCGUUGUACCAGAAUGCGCUGUAUGUUUGCAGCCUUGCAUUCAUCCGGCGAGAUUACCCUGCAGUCACAUAUACUGCUAUCUGUGUGUAAAGGGUGUUGCUAAUCAGAGCAAACGGUGUCCAAUGUGUCGUCAAGAGAUUCCACCAGAUUUCCUUGAAAGACCUCAGCUGGUAGAAGUUGAAGAGUCUCAGAAGGAAUCGGAACAUCCUGAAGAAGAAUACCAAUGGUUUUACGAAGGUCGAAAUGGUUGGUGGCAAUAUGAUCAACGUACAAGUAUCGAAUUAGAAACGGCAUAUAAGCAGGGCAAAAGGACCUGUGAGUUGCUGAUUGCAGGAUUCCUUUACAUCGCCGAUUUUGGCUCAAUGCUGCAAUUGCGUAGAAACGAUCCUUCCAGACGAAGGAGGAUUAAAAGAGAUCUGUAUAAUGUGCCAAGAAAAGGGGUUGCCGGAUUACGUCUUAACGUACAGGACGAGGAGAUUGUGAGGGAAAUAAGAGGCGCAGAGCGACCAGCUAGUCCCGCAAGUGAUAGUAUGGGUACAGGAGACGGCACUAAUACUCCUAUACCGCCUAGUAAUACACCGCAAACACCUGCAGGUGGUACAGCAAGUGGCGACGCGACACCUCUAAACGAUAGAGUAGAUCAAAGAUCGGAUUCUCUGCAUCAAGUUCUAGAACAGAUGCGUUCUCUGGUUCUGAGGGAACAUCUAUCCUUAAACAGUGAUAACGAAUUCGAAGAAGAUACAGAGGAUGCAACGAUUUCGGAUCAUCCCACUCUAUCAUAGCUACAAAUAUUGAAUGCGUCAGAAAUUGUGGUAAUCAUACUUAAGAAUCUCCAGUUUGUUUCCAGGCUCUUCAUAUUAUUGCUCAACUCAAUAAGAUAGUAUACUACACAUUAGUACACAUUAUGUUUGUCAAAAAUGUGUCAAUGUACAAAACAUAUUGAUAUAGCAAACUGCAUUGCUCAACUACUGGCGUAUGAAAAUUAAUAUACGAUUAAGUUUUUCGAUCUUAAAUAAUUAUUUUUAUUUGGAAAAUAUUCAUUUCUUGCUUUUAAAAUCUCUUUAUGUAUAUUUUCUGUCAAUUUAUAUAUGUGUCAAAAAGAUAUUAAUUAAAUUGAGCAUAAUAAUAGUUUAUAAAGAUAGAUCUAUAUAAUUUACAAUGUAAUUGUUAAUAAACAAAUGUACUUAAAAGUUAACUUUGAAAGUCACUGUAUUGUAUAGCAAAAUAUACAGUGUAAACGAUUAGUAUUAUAAAGUAAAGAGAGAGAGAGAGAUAUAUAUAUAAUUUUUAAAUGUAAUAAAAUUUCUAAUAAAAAUGUGUUCAUGCCUUAUAAGAAAAGGCCCGUGAAAAAAAAGAAUGUAACAAAAAAAACGGUUAUUUAUUCUUAUGAAAAUCAAGUGCAAUAUUCAAUAAUCAAUGUAAUUGCUAGUUUUGAAUAAAUCUUGUAAUCUUCGAUGUUUAAAACUCAAAUUAUCUUCUUGUAUUAUAUAUAGAAAUAAAAGAUACAUUUUCUUCAGCAAA